AUGAAGUUUCGGUUGCCUUCGCUUCAUGUUGAGCAGCCUCAGUCCGCCUUUGCUGAAGGAAACAUGCGGUGGACGAAUAGAGAUUUGGAUCCGAUCCCACGUCACCUGCGCAAAUGGGGAGUAGCCAGUUUAACUACCUACUGGAUUUCCGAUGCAGUCAACAUUGGAACCUGGCAGUUUGCCAGCGGCAUCAUAGCUGUCGGAUUGUCAUGGCGUGAGUCUCUGGGAAUCGUCGCGCUAGCAUUCUUCAUCAUAUCAUGGGUCAUUGCUUUCAAUGGCGCGACUGGGGUGAUUUACCAUUCCCCGUUCCCUGUUCUCGCCAGAGCUAGCUGGGGUUUCCGGGGAUCGUUCAUCGCUGUUAUCUCACGAGUGAUCCUGGCCGUUUUCUGGUUCGCGAUCCAAAACGUCAACGGAGGCAAUUCCGUUCGAAUCAUGAUCGGUGCCAUCUGGCCGAGCUUUCUCAGGCUGCCAAAUCACAUCCCAGAGAGCCAGGGUAUUACGACGAACGGCAUGGUUGGAUACCUUAUCUUUUUCGUCAUUCAGUUUCCAUUUUUAUGCAUGCAUCCAAAUAACCUGCGGUGGCUAUUCAUGGCGAAAUCAGUGCUUGUCCCUAUUGCGUGGAUUGCGAUGCUGAUAUGGGCGUUUAAGUCGACCAACGGGGGAGAAAUCUUCAGCCAGCCACGAAUGGUUUCCGGCCCAGCAUAUAGUUGGGCAUUUCUGGCCAGCCUGACUUCAGUCAUAGGUAAUUUUUCCACGCUGAGUGUUAACCAGGCUGAUUUCUCCCGUUACUCACGGGUAAGCGUCAAAUGGCAAGCGCUGUACGUCCCGAUGCUUCCGAUUGUAUUCACCUUCAUUUCAUUCAUUGGAGUUGCCGUGUCCUCUGCCGCGCAAUCGCAAUACAAGUUAGCCGAUAUUCCGUGGGAUCCUAACGUCGUGGUUUCGUUAUGGGAAAACCGGGCCUGCCGGUUCUUUGGCGCCUUCUCCCUGGCGCUUUCAUCCCUGGGAGUAAAUAUCUCCGCCAACUCCAUAUCGGCAGCGAAUGACCUCAUGGCACUGGUCCCUCGCUUUGUCAACAUCCGACGCGGGCAAUUGCUCUGUGCGCUUCUCUCGUGGACCCUUCUGCCCUGGAAAAUCCUCAAAUCCGCGGGUAGUUUCCUCAACUUCAUGUCCGCGUAUGCGGUGUUUCUCGGGCCAAUCGCGGGCAUCAUGCUCUUCGAUUUUUGGGUUGUCAAGGAGAGAAAAUAUGACUGCGUCGCGCUCUAUCAACCGGACAACAUCUACUGGUACACCAAUGGUGUCAACUGGCGCGCUAUUUUGGCGUUUGUCGUGGGUGUGGCUCCCACUUUGCCUGGGCUUUUCAAUUCAGUUAACCACAACAUUGACCCUGGUGUGGGUGUGCAUGUGUAUCAAGUUGGAUGGUUCGUGGGGAUAGUGGGUGCGAGCUUGGUGUAUUUGUCCCUGUCGUACGUCUUUCCUGCAACGGAAACGCGGAUAGAACGUGCUAUCUUGCCAGAUGAUAUCUACAUGCCACAGAAUGGAGAUGUGGACGGCGUGCCUACUGCGGAACAAGUGGAGAGCAGUGGGAAGAGUAAAAACAUCAGCCGAGAUGCGGUGGUUCAACCAAUUUAUUCAGUCGACAGGUCGGAUCCUUUGAGCGUCUGCUACGCGAUAACUAGUAGCUAG